UAGUUACAACGUUCUGCACCUAAUGUUUCUAACCGGGUCUACGUCAAGGAUAAUAUCAAGUAAAAGAAAUGAAAUUUAGUAAACAGGUUUUGUUGUUCAUAAAAUUUUUUUGAGUGAUGUUGAAGGAAGAUUUAAGUGCCUUGACAGAUAGACAUAAUGUCCAAAUUGUAAGUUCAGUUAGAAAGUUAGAUGUUGAUAGCAAAAUUGACACCAAAGUAUAUCGAAGAAGAUGGUUGAUCUUAGGAUUAUAUAUGUUCUAUGGAAGUUUAGUUUCGAGCCAGUGGAUUCAGUAUUCAAUUAUUGCCAAUGUAGUGGCCAGGUACUACGGUGUCUCACUAAUAGCCGUUGACUGGACAUCGAUGAUUUACAUGCUGUUCUAUGUAGUCUUUAUAUUUCCGAUUAGCUAUCUAUCAGAACGCAUUGGGUUAAGGAAUAUAAUAAUUUUAGGAAGUUUCUUGUGUUGCCUUGGAGCAUGGAUCAAAACAUUUUCUGCUACACCUGAAAGAUUUAUUACAACUUUUGCAGGACAAUCUUUAUGUGCACUAUCUCUUGUAAUAACGCUACCUAUGCCUGGAAAAUUAUCCGCCCACUGGUUUGAUUCAAGUGAAUUGGCAACAGCUACGUCACUCGGAGUUGUAGGUCCCCAGCUUGGAAUAUCAUUGAUGUUCUAUUUAGCACCUCAAAUUGUAAAAAACCACGAAAGUUUACAUGACAUUGGCAUUGACCUAUCACGUCUGUUCUGGGGUGUAGCUCUGGCCUCAUCUCUAAACUUAAUCCUCAUUGUACUGUUUUUUAAGGAUGAACCAAAAAUACCACCAAACGAGGCACGUGCUUUGCAGAAAAUAAAUCUCAGCGAGGUUCAAGGAUUUAUUGGACCAAUGAAAAAGCUUUUUACAAACAAGAGUUUCUUAAUUCUUUGUAACUCAUACGGAAUAAACGUGGGCAUAUUUAAUGCACUGAGCACACUACUUAAUCAGUUGUUUGUAAAACACUUUGUGAAUGGCGAUGAAGAUGCUGGAACGAUUGGACUGCUUCUUAUUUUUACAGGAAUAUUUAGCUUACUAACUUUUGGCAUUAUACUAGAUAAAACGCGUAAAUUCAAAGAAACGACUGUGACUGUGUACUUUCUUACGUUAUGUGGACAAAUACUUUUUGCUACAGCAAUAUUUAUGGAAGUAAAGUGGAUGGUUUAUACUUCUGCAAUGUUUCUUGGAUUCUUUAUGUCAGGAUAUUUCUUGCUUGGCUUUGAAAUGGCAGCGGAAUACACCUAUCCGAUAUCUGAAUCCCAUUCAGUAGGUAUAUUAAACAUCGCUAACAAUGUUUAUGGCAUUGUUCUUGUCAUGGUAUUGGAGGUUGUGCUAGAACACUACGGUGAUAUACCUGUACAUAUCAUCUUCUGUGUGGCUCUAUUGAUUGGCCUAAUAAUGACAAUAAUGACAAAAGAUGAGCAGAGGCGACAAGAUGCAAGAAAAACAGCAGUAUAUCACGUUAUUACCUGAGAUAAUACAAAAAAGCA